UCGUUUUCUUCGUGCUUUCGCAGAGGUGGGUUGGCUUCUCCUCCCCCUCCGGUUCGGUUCGUGUGGUUCGGUUCGGUUCGGUUCGGUUCGUGGGUGAGAGGAAGGGAUGGCGGCGUCGGACGUUGAGUACCGCUGCUUCGUCGGCGGCCUUGCCUGGGCCACCAACGACGACUCCCUCCAUGCUGCCUUCAGCUCCUUCGGCGAGGUCCUCGACUCAAAGAUCAUCCAAGAUCGUGAGACUGGGAGGUCGCGCGGGUUCGGCUUCGUCACCUUCUCGAACGAGCAGGCGAUGCGCGACGCCAUCGAGGGGAUGAACGGCAAGGAGCUGGACGGCCGCAGCAUCACCGUCAACGAGGCCCAGUCCCGCGGCGGCCGCUCCGGCGGUGGCGGCGGCUACGGCGGCCGCCGCGAGGGCGGUGGAGGCUACGGCGGCGGUGGAGGCUACGGCGGCGGCGGCGGCGGCGGCUACGGCGGCGGCGGCGGCUACGGCCAGCGCCGCGAGGGCGGCUACGGCGGAGGCCGUGGCGGCGGCGGCUAUGGAGGCGGUGGCUACGGCGGCAGCCGCGGGUACGGCAACUCCGACGGGAACUGGAGGAACUGAGCGGUGGGGCCCUCGCGGCCAAGUUAUCUUGUCGCUACAACUACCCGAGUUAUCUUGUCGUGUCCUAUGUUAUCUGUUUCGUGUGGUUCCCAUCUGUGAUUUUGAUCGCAAGCUCCCUCCUUGGAUUACUUGUGUUUCGAUGAACAAGUCAGAUGUUGUUGUUGAUGCUA